UUCUGUAUCGACAACGUUAUUUGCGAAGGCCGAUUGUUUCACCAGUUGACAGUGCACUGCUGGAAUAACCACUUAACAGUAGUGUUUAUUGAUAGUUUUGUGGUGAUCGAUCACAAGCUUCUUCGAAGGCAUUUAAGCUAAUCAUCCUUUCUGUGAUUAUACGAUUAUUCGCAAUGAAAGCCGUCGUGGUGCUGCUACUGGUGAGCUGCAUAGGCUGGACGCUCGCCGCUCGUUCGGAUGGCGUGCCGCGGUGUUAUCAGUGCCGGAGCGCCGUGGACCGGGACUGUCCGCCGGACGGCCCGGUGCAGGCCAAAUGGGCCCGUGAAUGCGAUCCAGGUGUGGUGGGAUGCACGAAAAUCACCGCCGAGAACGGCGAUGUGGAGCGCGUCUGCGGCAAUCCGCAGCAUCUGAAGAUGCCGGGGACCGCGCGGCGAGCCGGCGUCGGCUUCGUGACCUACUGCACCGGGGCCGAGCUGUGCAACGCUUGACAUGCGCCAUACGGGGCCGGACCGUGGAAAUGGAUAACGCUAGCCAUGUUCUUUGUCGAUUUAAUCACCUGAUUUUGCGAUAUAAAGCAACCCACUGAAUAAAGCCACAACUAACGGUCAUGAUUGUGUGGUUCGUGACUCUUUUCGUGACGCUGUGUACUCAACGAGAAGAAGUAUAUAUACCGACAAAAACAACUGCGACUAGCGCGGCAGUUCUCUGACCUUCGGUUUUGCUGUCCGAAUUUGCGGGCCGACGUAUUGCUGAUGAACACACCGUGCUGACCGUCACAUUCGUUACCGACCAUUUGUUUUUCUUCAGUUUUACUGCUGUCUCAC